GUGUGUGUGAUCCUCGGACCUCACAUUGUGCAGCUCCACCUCAACAGAUUCCGUUUGUGCAGCUCCUCCAUAAAUAGACUCAAGAGAGAGCCGACGACACACCGGGCUGAGAGCCAGACUCCCGGGGUGACUCAGACUGUUGGGAGGACUCGGAAUGGAGAGUGGAGAGAAGAGCCGCAGGAGACUUUGUCGGAUUGUCGGUGUGGUCGCCGUCCUGCUGCUGGUCGUCAUCCUCGCCCUGGUGUUGGGACUGACACUCGGGCAGAAGGCACCAACAUUUAAGGCAACAUUUAUUGCAAAGUGUAAGGCGUUCAAUGCCUCAAUGGUCCACGAAGACGACUGUGAAAAGUUAUGGGGUGUUUUUGAACAAGCCUACGUCGGGCUGGACCCUUGUGAGGUUCCCAUGGAAGCCUACGACCCUUUGAUCGCCGCCGUCCCCUUCAAACUCGAAUGCAAAAGAAUGAUGUUCUGGAGCAAAACCAAGGAUGUGGUCCAUGAAUUCACUAAGAAGGGAGAUUGUUUUCUCACUCUCGAGAACACUCUGUUGGGAUCAGUGCUGGAUGGUCUGACCUGGUGUGGAAAGAAGGGCAGCAGCGAAACGUUCACUACCAGCUGCCCAGGAUGGGACGACUGUGUGAACAACCCUGUUCGCUCCUUUUGGAACAGAGUCUCAGCUGCUUUUGCAGAUGCUGCAUGUGGUGACGUCUCAGCGAUGCUGAACGGAUCCAUCGCCACACCAUUCAAUCCUACAAGUGUGUUUGCCAGCAUCGAGGUGAAGCGGUUCAAAUAUCCCAGGGUGAAAAGCCUGAAUGUUGUUCUGGUCACACAGGCGAACUCUGUGACAAGCUGCACAGAUGCAUCUUUAAAGGAUUUACAGAAAGAGCUGGAUCAAGGAAUUACAUAUAACUGCAAAGUAGUGUCUGAAGCUCGGCUCGAGGAGUGCAGCUCUAAUAAGACAAUACCAUGUGGAGCCUGUUGGUGAACAACAUAUCAGAGCAUAUGAGACACAAUAAUAACCAGCUGUGAAGAUCAUCUCUGUUAAAUCUUUGUAUAUUAAAUAUCGUGCUAGUUUGCAGUAAAUUAUUUUUAUAACUGAGGGCCAGUUUGACUUAAUGUGAAAUGUUUUACAUGAAUGUCACUCACACAUUGUUAUGAUAUGAGAACGUAUCAUUAGGUUUUAAAUCAAAUCUUAAGAGUAGAGGUAAAGUGCCGUGCACUGUAGCGUGAAUGAGCAGUGCUGCUAUCUAAUUCCACUGAUAAUCAUCCUCCCACCUGGUGGCAGAAUUGCAAAUGUUUUUAAAUAAAAUG